AAUGACCCGUGAAGACGACCUGAAGGAAGCCGCCACCGCCGAGGUGGAGGAGGCGGGGUCGGCCAUCGAGAGACUCCGCGCCCUCUGCCUCACUCGCGGGUACACGGGCAUCAUGAUGUUCGGCAGAAUGUUCCGCCGCCUGGACGACGACGGCAGCCACUCGCUCUCCAAGGACGAGCUCACCGACGUCCUCCAGCAGUUCGGUCUCGCCGUCUCGGAGGACGACGUCUCCGAAAUCUUCACUGCCUUCGACGAGGACGAGUCCGGCUCAAUUAACUACAAUGAGUUUCUGGAUAAACUCAGGCCGGAGAUGACCGAGGACCGCGUGGCCAUUGUCGAGGAAGCCUUCGCCAAGCUGGACCAGACCGGGGACGGCGUGGUCACCCUCGACGACGUGAAGGACACCUACGACGCCUCCCGACACCCUCGAGUCCUGUCCGGGGAGAGCACCGAGGAGGAGAUCCUCCUCAAGUUUAUCGGGAGGUUCGAGGGAAAUACCAAGGAGGACGGGAAGCUCACAAAAGAAGAGUUCCUAGACUACUACUCCGGCCUCAGCAAGUCCAUUGAUGAAGACGAAUACUUUGUCGAAAUGAUGAAAAUGUGCUGGAAGCUGUAAAGUGGGAGAUGGGGGUAGCUUCGGCUUCACUUAGCCUUUAUUCAAGUACCAAGUUGCCUUUAAGAGUCCGUCGGUGGUUGGGAAAAUAAAGCAGAAAAUCCCCUUUCCACGAUCACGCUUGUCCACGCACGAAGAAGAGGAGAAAUUUACGUGGAAAAAAACUACGAUAUUCAGAGCACUGCACUUCUGGCUUAAUUUUAUGGAUGUCAGCUUAUACAUAUAUAUAUAUCACAGAGUAUGAUUUCAGGAUAUGAUCGAUGUCAAGGGAAUAAAUUUGCUGUUUGCGAUUCAUCUUUCCAUGCCUGCAGUUACCGUCAGAAUACCUAUUCAUGACCUAUGGAAGAUCGCCGUUCCUCCUGUUUCUGCGAUGGCUGCGAACACUUCUUGUCUUUGUAACCCUGGACCUUGACCCUUCAUGACCUGACCUACGCGCUCGAGCUUCUUGAAGAAUUUGAUGAUACAUAAUAAUACACACGAGCCAUAUGAUAAUACAGACCUUGAAUACAUACAUGCUAAUAUAUGCCAAUACCGUACGUGAAUAUGUACACAUAUCUGCUAUGAUAUCUGCAAGAGAAGUCGGGUCAAGAGAAGGCAGAGGAAAUGACUUCAAGGACAGGAAGUCACAGGUGCCACGCUCACAAUUCCUGCCAUGAGUUUUAUGAAUCGGAAACGCCCUUCGUUACCUUAAAGGCAAAUGCAAACACUACCAAGUAAUUAUUGAUAACAUUUGCCGACACUGAAACGUUUAAAAAUUAUUUUUUUCUCGCACAUACCGCUGAUGUGACAGACAAUGACUGCUUCGUCUCAAUAAAUGGAAUAAAAUCGG